AUGAACCAUCUUCUGAUUCCGAUUCCUUCUAGCAGAACAUCCUAUCACCAUCUUGAAUCACCGCGUCCCACUGAUCUUCCUAAUUAUUUACCUCUUGAGAAUCCGUAUUUCACAGCAAUUCGAAAUGAAAACACUCGACUCGACGAAUCCGGCAGAGAUCCACGUCACGUUCACGAGGAAGCGGUCGAGGAGAACGGCGACGAGUAUAUUCCGCAUUUCGAGUACUACGAAGGCGCUGAGGAUUUUCCCAUCAAGUCUCCUCCUGAGCAACAGGCGGCGUUAAUAUAUCAGCCUCCUACCAAAUACCACACGAUGGCGGUGCUUCCAGGCCGCUGCGUUCGUGGGUUUCUCGACUCGAUUUCGCUGAUCUUCAGCUUAGCUUUGGUCGUUUUGCAAUUCGGUUUGCUCGAUUGGUAUUAUAUUCAUGUUACUGGCGAGAACAUCUGGGCCGCAUGGAUUGGUCCCGAUUCACUAGUCGUCGUUCUUUUACUCGUCUUUGGAAUUCUGGCCAUCAAAUACAAUACUGUUCAAAUGGAAGAAGUCUGCUCUGUCGACAGUCGCGUUAAGUACGCUUGUUUCGCAUGGGGAGCUUACGCUGCCGUGCUCAUCUCCAAGAUCGCCGCCUGCUUCCGCCUCUUCUACGAGCAAAUCCCACCAGGACCACUCGACAACAACGACAAACUCUUUGACGACUUCUUGUUCAAAGCCGCCCUUUCCCUCUCGGUCCUCAUCUUCUUGUUCAUUUUCGAGGCCCACCACUACACACCGUUGGUGUCGGUACGCCAAAUUUACGUUUCCUACCUCGUCACCGCGAUCUGUCUCGAUCUCAUCGAUAAUAUCUACUUCCUUGACCUCCUCUGGCAAGCAUCCAAAGACAACUGGAAUCUGGAGUACUGGCUUGAAUUGACCAUUCUCAUCGUCGCGUGCUUCAACUUCUUCAUGCCAACAUUCGCCUUGUGGAAACUUCGUUACGCAAAAAUCCCGAGAUUCCUUCUUCUCAGCGAAAAAUUCUGGUCGUUCGUCUACGUUCUUGUUGUCAAUGGUCCCUUCCUCGGCCUCCGCAUCUAUCUUUACAUUGUUCUCGAAGUCCAACAGAAAGGAAAACGCUAUGAUCCAUCGUUGUUCGCCGUCAAGAACAUCGCAAUGAUCUACAUUGCUCUCCGCGAGCUCUGGACCCGUUUGCAGUACUGGAGAAUGAAGAGACGCGCCCAACUGUGCCGCAAUGAGCUUGCCGCUGCCAUUCAGAAUGAAGAAGAGCAACAUUAG